AUGAACGUUAAUGAAUUUGCUGACGCCCAGAGGAGUCAUUAUACGGUGUACCCUACAUUGAAGAAAAGGAAGAAAGGUGGACGCAGAAUCCCAUUUGUUGAGUUAUUGGAUGGUAAGGAACUGACUCAAAACGUCGAAAGAAGAUGGGAAUUAUAUCAUCAAUUACACUCACAUUUUCAUGAUCAGGUAACAAAUAUUGUUGAAAACAUUGAAGUUGAUCUCAAAGGUGAAAUUUCCAACAUUCUGUUCAAUGAAAAUAAGAGAAGGGAUAGCAAGCCAUGUUUUAACACACUUUUCUUAUUAGGAUCAGACAGUACCACAAAGAUUGAAUUACCGCCUACUGAUUCCAAUGUCUUUAAAGUGCUGGUCGAAUUGACACCAAAGGAGUCCCCCAAUGUGAGAAUGAUGCUUCGAAGAUCGAUGUUUAAACUAUUUACAUCUGCUGAUGCAGAAUUGCAUAGCAAGGCUCCAGUUAAAAGAGAAUUAAACCAUGAAAGUGUGAGUGACUAUGAGGAAAGUGUAGAAGUUAAAGAUGAGAUAACGGGGGAAGGUUUUCAAGACGAAGAUGACGGGGCUGGUCAAGCAGAUGUAUCCUACGAUUUAUCUCUGGUGGAAAAUUUCAAGACAUUAUUUGGUAAAAAUUUAAACAUGGUAUUUAAUUUCAAGGAUGUGGAUUCAAUCAAUUUCCAUACUUUAGACAAUUUUAUCGCGGUUUUGAAGAAUGCACUAAAAAAUGAGCAUUUACAAAUAAAUCUGGUUUUUAACAUUAAUACCAAUAUGUCCAAUAUUGAAAAGAAUCUGACCCAAUCUACGAUACGAUUUUUAAGGAGAAAUUAUCACACUUUGGAUGUUUCUAGUAAUAAAGGAUUUAAAUAUGGGAAUCGAAUUUUUCAAAGUUUUUUAGAUACAGUUGAUGGAAAAUUGAACUUGUCUUCAAGAUUCGUCGAUUUCUUAUUAAGCAAAAUGGCUAAUAAUUCUAAUCAUAAUUUACAACUAUUGGUCAAGAUCCUAGAUUAUUCGUUAAUGUCAUAUUUUUUUCAUAACCCUUUUUCAGUUUUCAUUGAUCCUGUUAAUAUUGAUUUCCUAAAUGAGGAUUAUUUGGAUAUGCUAAUAAGGUGUCCAACGUUUAUGUUUUUUGUUGAGGGUCUCAUUAAACAAAAUGCUCCUUCCGAAGAAAUAAGGUCUCUUCUCACUAAUAAAGAUUCUGCUUUGGCAGAAUUUUUCGCAGAAUUUCUUGUAAGAGAAAAUCCAAUAAAUGGAUAUGCCAAGCAUGUUGCAGGUAUUCUAGAAAACGAACUCCAUAUUUAUAAUUACAAUUUGAUCGAACUGUAUUAUAACUUAUUGGUGGGUAAGUUAGAAUCCUAUUUAGAAAGAUGGCCGGCCUAUCGGAAUUCAGAACAGAAAUUGAAAUUUGAACCAAUUGACACAAUAUUCCAGGAGUUAUUCACACUAGACAAUAAUAACGAACUUCUAUCGCAGGCUCUUUUCCCCUGUUAUAAGUCAAAUUUGGAAAACGACAUGCUCCAUUGGGAGCACACCUUGCCGCUGGGUCAAAGCAAAGCAAACAACGAAACACUGAUAAAAUUAGAUAACUCUAUGGCACCCGUAGUGGGCCAUAUGUUCAAAUUGUACAGGGAAGCGAACUCUUUGAUUAACGUUUAUGAUUUCUAUACAACUUUCAGAGACACAUUGCCCAAGAAAGAAAUUAUGGAUUUUCUAGAUGAGACAUCAGAUAUCGAUUCUAAUAUACAUCGUUUCUUUUUGAACAAUGAAAAGGACAUAGUUUUCGAUAAAGUAUCACUUGCUCUUUUUAUGCAAGCAAUAUUCGAUUUCGAUCAUAUGGGUAUUAUCAAAACCCAAAAUAAUAGGAAUUACGACGUCAUAGAAAAAUGUAUAUGGAGAGGCAUAUGA